UAUUCUGUGGCCUUGCACGAAGCAACGCUCUCAGCGUUAGUGUCCAGCAUUUCACCGCAUCCAUGUUUUGGAAAUCCUACGCACCAGCAUUCUUCAUCCUUUUGGUGACUGUGCCAAUCUGCGCAGACAUUCAGAGAAAUUUUGAGGUUCCAAAUUUGACGCCUCGUCGUUCGCCAAGAUGGGGAUUCUUCAACUGGGUAGAAUUUGCCAACGAGCCUUGCAUAUCAAGAAACGGCUUCAGCGGCGUCUGCCUCACAAGCUCCGAGUGCAGCUUACACGGUGGCAUCGUGAACGGACGCUGCGCCCAAGGCUACGGCGUUUGCUGCCAAGUGUCAAGGACUUGCGGCCAGAUUAUAUCGCGGAACAACAGCUACUUCGUAGACCCUGCCUCCGUUGGUGGGUCCUUGGCUCCUGGUCCAAACGGCGUGCUCUGCUCAGUUACCGUCCACAAGGCAGACCCGUCAGUAUGCCAGCUGAGGCUGAACCUGGAGCGCUUCGAUGUGAUUGGCCCCGACGUGUCCCACUUGUCUGGGACAUGCAGCCAUGAUGCCUUCCACAUCAGCGGCCAAGAUGAAAACAGCGUGGUACCCUUAAUAUGCGGAGUAAACCAUGGACAACAUGUCUACGUGAGCGUAAGUCAAUCAAGUGGCCCCGUGAGAUUGUCCAUGUUCCUGGCUCCCAACGCUACCCAGCGAAACUGGAAGGUUAGGGUCAUCCAGCUGCCGUUCUACGUGAGCGUAAGUCAAUCAAGUGGCCCCGUGAGAUUGUCCAUGUUCCUGGCUCCCAACGCUACCCAGCGAAACUGGAAGGUUAGGGUCAUCCAGCUGCCGUGCAGCAGCAGGAGAUUAGCCCCUUCCGGCUGUCUGCAAUACCACGAAGACCCCACGGGUAUCAUAUCGAGCUUCAACUACGGCAGUGACAGCACUUCCGCUGGUAGCGGAAGCGGGCGCCUCGAGAGGGGCUACCCCAGCUUUAACCGCUACUCUAUUUGCUUCCGGUUGGCUGCUGGAACGUGUUCUCUCCGCCUUGCCAAAGACGGUCCGUUUGGGGUCUACGCCGAACCGGCGCAAGGGAACAUCCCGGACAGGGGAAGAGGGCGGUCGGUGGUUAACCGCUGUGAAGAAUUCACCUUCCGGUCACCGCUUCAGGCAGACUUUCUGAUGCUUGGCGUGCAGCCCUUCUGCGGUGACGACUUCCCAGACUCCUUAGAAACAGUGGACAGCGGGGCCAUGAUCAUCACUUUUGUUAGCAACGGAACACAUCGCCCGGAGUACGCUGGCUUCAGACUUCGCUACCAGAUGGUGCCAUGCGUUCGUCAUCGCCACGGUCUCGACAGCGAUUCAGCGACACGAAGACCUGACAAUGGUUUAUUGUCUCAAGACUUCCCUACACGGAUGCCAUAUGUAUCAGCUUUUCACGCCAGUAAUGGUCUCACAAGCGCUCCGAGCGGAAGCCUUCAACAUGACUUUCCUUCAAUUUCGGAGCCGGAAGUACACACUGAAUCCGGCUACUUCCCCGAGCCUGAUUCCCAUAACACCGGUGGCCAAAUCGUUCUAUAUCACAAGGGCGUGUACAAAGACAUCGCCAUGAAGAUCAUGAGGAACCUUGUCUCUGUUGUGCAAAGUUGACUGCGCAAGAUUGUGGAACACGUAUUGCGUUGAUAAUGCUGCCGCUUUCAUUGAUAAUUGAUUAUGCUGCGUAGUUUUAUAACAUAUAGAUUCUGGUUCUAACAAGCUU